CUCUUCAGCGCAUGCGCAGUGGGACGUGAAGACGUCGGUCCGUUGGAAGCGGGCAGAUAACUCGAUGGCACAGCUGCAGAAACGUCGUCAUGGAGCCGAGGACAGACCGCUGUCAGCGGAGGAAACCUCCAGGGAAGGCGCUGCGUCUGACGCGUCCUCCGCUCUGUUCGUCAAACUCGUGGCUGCGGCUUUGUACGGAUUUAGCUCAUUCCUCAUUGUGGUUGUGAACAAAAGCGUCCUCACCAGCUACAGAUUUCCAUCGUCAACAUGUGUUGGAAUUGGUCAGAUGCUGGCUACAGUUGUAGUUCUGAGGAUGGGGAAGAUGUUGGGCAUUAUCUCAUUCCCAGAUAUGGAUCUGAGUAUACCACGCAAGAUGUUCCCACUGCCUUUACUGUAUGUCGGGAAUCAAAUAUCAGGACUGUUUGGGACGCAGCGACUCAAUUUACCUAUGUUUACAGUUCUGAGGAGGUUCAGUAUUCUUCUCACCAUGAUGUUUGAGGGACUCCUGCUGAAAAAGACCUUCUCCACGUCUAUUAAAGCAACCGUGUUCACAAUGAUCUUUGGGGCCUUCAUCGCGGCCAGCGCUGACUUAGCCUUUGACCUUGAAGGAUACGUUUUCAUAAUGCUGAACAACGUACUCACAGCAGCUAACGGAGCAUAUGUGAAGAAGAAGCUGGACUCUCGGGAGCUGGGAAAAUACGGUCUUCUCUACUACAAUGCUUUGAUCAUGAUUUUCCCCACGAUGGCAUAUGCUUACUAUUCCGGGGAUUUAGAAAAAGGCUGGGAGUAUCCUGGUUGGUCUGAUCGGUUGUUCCUUCUACAGUUUGUCCUCUCCUGUGUCAUGGGCUUUGUUCUCAUGUACUCCAUCAUGCUGUGCACACAGUACAACUCAGCACUCACCACCUCCAUCAUAGGCUGUAUUAAGAAUGUUCUAGUAACCUACAUUGGGAUGGUGUUUGGUGGAGAUUACAUUUUUACCUGGACUAACUUCGUUGGUCUAAACAUUAGCAUUGCUGGGAGUCUGGUGUACUCCUAUAUCACUUUCACACAUGAGCAAACAAAAAAGGCGUAAAUAUCGACUCUGCACCCACAGAAGGACAUCCUGAACACAUUUUAUAUCUGUGCAUCAUCACAUGUGGAUGUCACUAUUUUUAAGCAUGUGUUUUUUAAUAAUGAAACAAACGGGAAAUGGGAUGUUGGGUAAAAACUAUUUUUACUGAAACACUAAUAUUAGUGUUCUUACAAUUGUAAUUAAGUGCCUUAUUAUUAUUUUUUAAAUGAUUUUAUAUUUUCAAACACAAUCUUUUAUAAUCAUUUACAUCUGAGAAAUUAAUAAAUAUUUUUAUCUUUCAGUGUAAGUUUUUUUUUUUUUUUUUUACACAUUUAAAGUAGCACUUUAAGCAUAACAUAAUAGCUUUAAAAACAGUUUUUGAUUGUUCACUCACUAAGUGCUUUUACUGUAUACAACUUGAAGUAGGAAACCUGAACUGAACAAUACUCAAGACUCACACUAUGACAACUUCAGUAAUACAUUUAUUAAAUAAAGCCAAUGUUAUUCCAUUCAUA